AUGGAUAAAUUCGAGAAGCGUCUAAAUCAAGUUAAUAUGAUCACGCCCAAAGGUACUCUAAACUAGCAAUCCACGUUCAAACAAAAUGAUCAUGCCAAGAGUUAUGCCUCUCUCAAUGAAUUCAAUAGAAUUGGAGAGUAAUUUGAUAGUGAGGCUGUCAAUUUGAGAUCCUAAGUUCAAAUCUUGGAAGGCAAGUUGUAAUUUUACGAAAGGGAAUUCUAAAUCAAAUAAUCUUCCUUGGAAAAGCGAAUUCAACAAUUGAUAUCUACAUCAUCUUAGCUCACUCAAUAAAAUACCUAAUUAAAAUUGUAAUACUAAGCUUUAUUAAAUGAAUAUCAAAUUCAACAAGACAAGAUGGCUCACUCAGACAAAGGCCAAAAGGAAUAUGAAGAGAAAGUGAGAUCCCAAUUAGAUAAUUAUAAUAAAUAUUAAUCUGAAAAAGAACAAUUAAUACAAUACGCAAACAAGUGCAGAGAGAGAUCAAAACAAAGGAAACUCAAAAUUAAAGAAAUAACCACAACCAAUUCUCAACUGAUUGACUAAAUCCAAUAAUUAGAAUAAGAGUUAGAAUAGGCAAAUCAUGAAAAACAAUAGAUAUACGAAUAGUGUUAACAAUAAAUCAUGAUUCUCACUGAAUAAAAUGAAGAUUGGCAAAUGAAAUACGAGUCCAUCGUUCAAAACUUUAAGAAUCAUCUUGCAGACUAGAAUGAUAGCCAACAAGAAGAGUAACUAUUAGCCAGUCACACAAUACUGGAUCAAAGAGAAGCCUAGACAGUUUAAUAGCAAUUAGAAAACUUUAGCAUCUUAUAAAAAGAUCUAAAUACUCUCUUAAGCUAAAUCAAAAAUACUAGUGUGACCAAUCCUUCAUCCUUUGAAAUGCAAUAAGUGAUAGAAUUUGCGGAAAUCUUCAAUAGGAUGGCUGAAAAAAUCUAUGAAUUACAAUAAAAGAAAUCAAUGCUUAAGGAGUAACUUAAAGAUCUCCAAUAAACGUAAUUAUAAACUCAAAUGCUGUCAAAUAAAUCUAUUUCCAAUAAUUAAAGUCCAAAUAUGAUGGACGAUAGAACCAAAUUACUCUUUGAAUAAAGAAUAUUAGAAUUAGAAGAGUAUUAUUAGAAAGAGAGAUAACAAGAAAAAAAUAAGCCUGCUUAAAGAGGAAGAAAUUAGGAUCGCAAACUCAAGUAGAUAAUUUCAAUACUUACUUAAUUCUUAGAAGAAUUUUUGGAAUAAUAAAACCAUCUAAAAACACUGAAUUAUUAGAUUAAUGAUAUGCAAUUUGAGUAUAAUGAUAAAAAAUGCAAUCGCUCCUUUAAGAAGGCUUCAUGGGCAAUAAUUGCUAUUUAUAGAAUUAAAACAAUUCAGAAUUAAUAAUAUUAUCAAUAAGUAGUAUAAUUUAAUCAACUAAGAAUUGAAAUGCCUAUUGUUAAUUCACUCAAUUAAUUGCUUGAACUAGUGUCGGGAUAGUAAUAAUUAAUUGAUACAUUGUAAAAAUAAAUGGAUCGAAGGGGAUCGGAUGUAUUUUAAGAAUAAGACAUUCAAUCCAUAGUUGAUUAGGAAUUAAAACAAUAAUUAAAGAGUGUAUAGAUAGAGUUGGAUAUGAAUAACAAAAAGAUGUUUGAGUAUAAAUUGUAAUCGGAGAAAUAAAUUGAAGAGAGAGAUCGUAUAAUUAAUGAAUUGGAAUAAUAAUUAAGGGAUUUUCCUAAUGAUUAUAAUUAACAGCUUCUGGAACAUUUAGAAGAACAAACUAAUCGUGUUAAAAGCAUUGAAAAUGAAUUUAAUGUGUUAAAUGAACUUGUUAAUUCAUUAAUCUGA